CUCCUUCCUCACCAUGGAUAGUUUAUUCUCGGAUCACGACGAUUACUUCUGGGACCUCGAUUCCCGUCCCCAACGUCGCUUCGUUCGAGAACGAGAGCCUCAAUUGGAGAAUGAGCCCCUCUACUUGGUUCGUUACAGGGACUGAAAUGCCAUGCCGUUGUUUUGCUGUAUUGCCGGCCUCGCCUUUCUAACGUUCUUCUGGGAGGGAGGGUAUCCUGAGAGAUUUAGUCAGGUCUCCGUGUCGAUAAAGACGUGGUCAAUGUGGGAUCCUUGUCCCUUAAGCAACUGGAAUACCAGUCGCCGGCGAAAACUUAAUGCUGAACGAAUUCGUGGUGGAAGGAAGUACAAGGGGAUGCUGAUCGAGAAGAACAUGUCCUAUACAGAGUGUCAACGAACUCUGAUUUCGAGUCUGGCUCAGAAAUUGUGCUUCAGUUGAGGAAGGAAGACAACCGGGAGGAAACGAUGAAAAGUGAGGUGGGAUCUUCAGGCCGUCAAUAUGCAUUGGUUCCUGAAGGUUUGUGGUUGCGUGCUCUUAAACGGUGUAGUGAUUCUAAUUAUGCAGUGAAGGAUUUUGGGAGCCUCUUCUAUACAGAUGAUUGUUUGCCAGAUUUGUUCUCCUUGCAAGUGAGGAUAUUUGUUUCAUGGGAAACAAAUUCAUUGGUAGCAAAGAUAAGCCAAAAGGAAAAUAUGGCUUAUGUCUACAUGAAAGCUUGCAAAAUUUUCAUCUCUGAGUAUGACCCGGUACAAAUUUUGGACUUCUCAGGCCAAACAAUUCAGUUUUUCAAAGACGAUAAUGAGUAUUCUGAGAGCUUUGAAAAAGGGGUUCUCUUGGAGCUGCAAGUUUAUGGACUUUCUGAUUCGAUAAAGGUUAAUGGAAGCAAUGAGCUAUUUGUAGAUAGAUCUACUAUCGGAUGCUCAUCUCACAGUGGCUCUGUUAUGAUGAAUGGAACCUCUCACAAUGUGAAUUCCAAUGUGACAACUAUCAACUCCUUUCGAAGGAGUAGCUGUAAAGCAGUUGUUUCUUUGGGCCUGACAGGAUUACAGAAUCUUGGAAACACUUGUUUUAUGAACAGUGCCAUCCAAUGUUUGGUUCACACCCCCAAGCUUGUUGACUAUUUCCUGGGAGAUUACCGGAAAGAAAUAAAUUAUGAAAAUCCCUUGGGAAUGAAUGGAGAACUUGCUUUAGCUUUUGGGGACUUGCUUAGAAAGUUGUGGUUUCCUGGAGCAAGGGCUGUGUCACCAAGAAUGUUCAAGAUGAAACUUGCUAAUUUUGCCCCUCAGUUUAGUGGUUAUAACCAGCAUGAUUCUCAAGAACUUCUUGCUUUUUUGCUAGAUGGACUCCAUGAAGACCUUAAUUGUGUAAAGCGCAAACCAUAUCACGAAGUUAAAGAUGAAGAUGGCCGUCCAGAUGAAGAAGUGGCAGAAGAAUAUUGGCGUAAUCACCUUGCCCGCAAUGACUCCAUAAUAGUUGAUUUGUUCCAAGGUCAGUUCCGUUCAACAUUGGUUUGCCCUGAUUGCAAGAAGGUUUCUAUCACUUUUGACCCUUUUAUGUACCUAUCUUUGCCAUUACCUUCUACAACAAUGAGGAUGAUUACUUUGACUGUCCUUAACACUAAUGGGAUCAACCCGCCUUCCAAAUUUACCAUAACAUUACCCAAGAGUGGAUUCUUGAAGGAUCUUAUUGAGGCCUUAGGUGAUGCAUGUUCCUUAAGAGAUGAUGAGACCCUCUUGGUAGCUGAGAUAUACAGGAAUUGCAUCUGUCGUCUGUUGGAGGAACCAUCUGAUUCAUUGGCCUUGAUUAGAGAUGAGGACAAACUAGUUGCUUAUCGAUUGCCAAAAGAUGAGGCUGGCCUCUUGGUUGUUUUCAUGCAUCAGCAGGUGACGAAACAAUGCAAUUUUGGGAGGGAGAAGCUGGUAGAAAGUCUGUUUGGCAUUCCCAUUGUGGCAAGGUUGCCCAAUAUUGCUUCUGGAUGUGACAUUCGUAGGGAGUUUCUGAAGUUAAUUAAUCCAUUUCUGAUGCCCUCUGAAGAUUUAUUAUAUGAGUAUGAUGAUGGCAAAAAAGAUGAUAUUGAGGUUAGUGAAGAUAAUGAGUUGGGUGAUGCCACUAACUCUGCGUGCUUGGAAGGCGAUUCUGAUUCAGAUUUAGAGGCUGACUUUAGAUUCUACUUAACAUCACCACUCCGAAUGGAGACUAUGGAGAUAAAAAUGAAUGAACCAUUACCGUUCACGCUGUUACCUAAAAAGCUGGAGGUUGCUGUCUUAUGGUCAGAUAAGAUGAUAAAAAAAUAUGAUACAUGCCUACUUAGCUCAUUGCCUGAGGUUUUCAAGCCGCAGUUAUUCUCCAAGAAAACACAAGAAUCUGUUUCUGUUUACAAGUGCCUGGAAGCAUUCUUGAAAGAGGAGCCUCUUGGGCCAGAGGACAUGUGGUACUGUCCUAAAUGCCAAAAACCUCAGCAAGCGACUAAAAAACUAGAUCUUUGGAGAUUACCUGAAAUUCUUGUUGUUCAUUUGAAGAGGUUUUCAUUCAGUCGAUACUUCAAGAACAAGUUAGAAACAUUCGUUGAUUUCCCAAUCAAUGAUUUGGACCUCUCAACGUAUGUUGCCCACAGAAAUAGCCCCUCUUCCUGCCAUUACGAGUUGUAUGCAAUCAGCUGUCAUUAUGGAGGCUUGGGAGGAGGUCAUUAUACAGCGUUUGUUCGUUAUGGACAUGAUAAAUGGUACGAGUUUGAUGAUAGCAGGGUUGUCCCUGCCAGUGAGGAUGUGACAAAGACUUCUGCUGCAUACGUUCUUUUCUACAGAAAAGUUUAGAAACCCGUAGGUUGGGAUUCACCCAGUGUACAAGGAAGAAAAAUGGAUAUAGUCUUGUACAUACUUUAGAAGCCACAGGGGAAAGGGGUAGUUCUUAAAAAGUUUUUUCAUUUAUUGUUAUGUCAGCAUUGAUCAUUAAAUCUUUUUGCUACCAUGUAUAUAGACAUAAACCAUUUUUGAAUAUGAACCAAUUUUUUCGGAGCA